UUUUGGAGCUCCGGCUAAAGAGGGGGAAAAAGUGGGGGGAAAAGCCAAAAAAGAGUCGGGAGAGAGGGGAGGCGAGGACGAGGGCGAGGUACGGCCGGGUCCCUUGGCCGGCCCCCCCAAGGAGGCUCGCGGAAGCAGCAGCCGCCGCCCGACCGCAGCUGAAUUUGAAGAUUGAUCCGAGGGACUAUUAAUUUCAGGAAUUGAUUUGAAAGACACUGGCUCUGACACUUAACAGCCAUGUAACCUUGGAUAUGGAAGAAAGCAGCAGUGUUGCCAUGUUGGUGCCAGAUAUUGAGGAACAGGAAGCUAUAUUAACUGCUGAAACAGUCAUCAGUUCAUCUUUGGAAAUUGAUGAACAAAGAAAAGCUAAAACAGAUCCAUUAAUUCACGUUAUCCAGAAAUUGAGCAAGAUAGUGGAACAUGAAAAGUCACAAAAAUGUCUUUUAAUUGGGAAAAAACGCUCACGUUCAAGUGCUAUGCCACGGUCUCAUGAAACUCAAGAAAUUUAUGAGAUUCCAGCUAAAAUAACUCAGACAUCAACUGCUAAUACAAGAAGGGCCGAGAUGUCACACACAAAUUUUGUCUCUGACUCUUUUGCCCAGAAUGAUGGGAAGGCUAUGUCUUACCAGUGUAGCCUUUGUAAGUUUUUGUCUUCCUCUUUUUCUGUAUUAAAAGAUCAUAUUAAGCAGCAUGGGCACCAGAAUGAAGUGAUACUCAUGUGCUCAGAGUGCCAUAUUACAUCUAAGAGCCAAGAGGAACUUGAAGCUCACGUGGUUAAUGACCAUGAAAAUGAUGCCAAGAGUCACUUUCAGUCAAAAGUUCAGCAGUGCAUAAGUCCCUCCAACUCCUUUUGUCAAAGAACUACAGAGAGAAACCGUGAAGCCAUUCCUGAUAUCUCAAUAAGUGUGGACAGUCCACGGGUUCAUGCUGUUCAAACUGCACCUGUGGCAGAAAUGGGCAGGAGGAAAUGGUACGCUUAUGAACAGUAUGGCAUGUAUCGGUGCUUAUUUUGCAGCUACACCUGUGGCCAGCAGAGAAUGCUAAAAACACAUGCAUGGAAACAUGCUGGGGAGGUUGAUUGCUCCUAUCCGAUCUUUGAGAAUGAAAAUGAGCCCCUAGGCUUACUAGACUCUUCAGUGACUGCUACAUCUGGUGGAGUUGAUGCAGUAGUCAUUUCUAUUGGAGACAAUGAACUGAGUAUCCAUAAUGGGCCCUCAGUUCAGGUGCAGAUUUGCAGCUCAGAACCGUUGUCUUCAUCUCCUUUAGAGCAGAGCGGAGUUCAUCUAAGUCAGUCUGUUACCUUAGACCCUCAUGAGGAAGAAAUGCUAGAGGUGAUUUCUGAUGCAGAGGAGAAUCUGAUUGCUGAUAGCCUACUUUCAUCUGCACAGAAAAUCAUUAGCAGUAGCCCAAAUAAAAAGGGUCAUGUUAAUGUGAUUGUAGAACGUCUACCGAGUGCUGAGGAAACUCUUUCACAGAAACAUUUUCUCAUAAAUGCUGAACUUGAAGAGGCAAAAAACAUGAGCCUUCCCGAAGCCCCAAUCAAAUGUGAAGAAACAGAUGAAAUUUAUCAUGCUAACAAAUGUACCGUUGACAUUGGGGGGCUGAUCAUAGGUUGGAGCAAUCCAGAGAAGAAAGACAGUGAGCUAAUAAAUAAAGGACUAGCUACUGAUGAGAAUGCCCCUCCAGGCCGAAGAAGGACCAAUUCUGAGUCUCUUAGACUACACUCCUUAGCUGCAGAAGCCUUGGUCACAAUGCCUAUCAGAGCUGCAGAACUAACAAGAGCCAACCUUGCACACUAUGGAAAUAUUAAUCUUUUAGAUCCAGAUACUGGACAAAGGCAAGUAGAUAGUACAUUGGCAGCCUAUUCUAAAAUGAUGUCACCACUUAAAAAUUCUUCAGACGGAUUAGCAGGUUUUAACCAAAGCAACUCUGCCUUAGUAGCGCUCCCAGAGGGUAGGCAGGAAUUAUCAGAUGGGCAAGUUAAGACAGGUAUUAGCAUGUCCUUACUUACUGUCAUUGAGAAAUUGAGGGAAAGGACUGACCAGAAUGCUUCAGAUGACGACAUUUUGAAAGAGUUGCAGGAUAAUGCACAAUGCCAGCCCAACAGUGAUGCCAGUUUGUCGGGAAGCAAUGUGGUGGAAUACAUCCCUAAUACUGACCGGCCCUACCGUUGCCGCUUAUGUCACUAUGCGAGUGGUAACAAGGGCUACAUUAAGCAACACUUGCGAGUUCAUCGACAGAGACAACCGUAUCAGUGUCCUAUAUGCGAGCACAUAGCUGACAAUAGCAAAGAUUUGGAGAAUCAUAUGAUCCACCACUGUAAAACAAGAAUAUACCAAUGCAAGCAGUGUGAAGAAUCUUUCCAUUAUAAGAGUCAGCUGAGGAAUCAUGAACGAGAACAACACAGUCUUCCAGAUUCCUUGUCAACAGCAACUUCUAAUGAGCCAAGAAUUACCAGUGACACAACUGAUGGAAAAUGUAUUCAGGAAGGGAGUAAGGCUUCAGUCCAGAAACAGUAUAGAUGUGAUGUGUGUGAUUAUACAAGUACAACAUACGUUGGUGUCAGAAACCACAGACGGAUCCAUAACUCUGAUAAGCCAUACAGAUGUUCUUUGUGUGGAUAUGUGUGUAGCCAUCCUCCUUCUUUGAAGUCUCACAUGUGGAAGCAUGCAAGUGACCGGAAUUAUAACUAUGAACAAGUAAAUAAGGCUAUUAACGAUGCAAUUUCACAAAGUGGCAGACUUGUGGGGAAAUCCCCUGGGAAGACUGUAUUAAACAGCAGCGAAGAAAGAGCUGAUCCUGUUGCUGGAAGUACAGAACACUUGGUGUCAUCUUCCGAGCUGAUUUCCCAGGCUCCUAGUGAAGUUGUAGGUACCAAUGAGAAUGAGAAACUGAGCCCUACAACUAAUACCUCAUAUAACUUAGAAAAAAACUCCAGUCUGGCCCCUCCUGGGAUGGAGUAUUGUGUUUUACUCUUCUGUUGUUGUAUUUGUGGUUUUGAAUCUACCAGCAAAGAAAAUCUUUUGGAUCAUAUGAAAGAGCAUGAGGGUGAAAUUGUAAACAUCAUUCUAAAUAAGGACCACAACACAACUUUAAACACAAAUUAGAUGGAAUAAUUUGAAGAGGAAAAGCAUAGAAGAAGAAUCUUUUGCUUUAAACUACAGUUUCACCUUUGCGCUAUCAAAUACCUUACUAGACACAGAAGAAAUAGUUGGUAUGGUUUUUGAGGAAAUAGCAGAUGAACGUAACUUGUAAUGGAAUCAAAGGUAUUCCAAAUGGCUGAACAGUACAUAUUUAACUAUUUUGCGUGAGUGGACAUGGGUUGAGGAGGAAGCAAAGAUGUAAACCUAUAUUAACCCUCUGUUAUCUCUUCUUAGUAUUGAGUAUAUUUAUUAUUAAGAACUUAUUAUAGUAUAGAAAUGCAAGCAAAAGUGUUAAGAAGGAAUUGGGGGCACUGUUUUAAAAUACAGAAAUGUCACAGUCUUAAGCAGAGCUUAUUAUUUUCAUUCUCAAUUUUGACAUGCCUGCUCUAGAGCUUUUGGGUGUUAUCAAGAGCAAAAAGAAAUAAUCAUUAGAGGGUUUUGAAGUGAUCUACUUCAAAAUAUUUUCUAAGAUCUGAUAGAAAUUAAUCUAUACUCAGCCUAAACUGUUUUACUGUAUCCUCUUAAAAAAAGACAUAAGUCUGGACCUAGACUAUGAAUAUUUAAGAUAAAUGAUUGUCUUAAAUUUAUAAUGAAUGUUUUGGUGGGCAGAGGAGAAAAAAAAGGUAAACUCUCAGCAGCCUCGAAUCAAAUUUCCAGGUUUGAGGAAAUGGUAAAUCAUUGAGCUCAGUGCUCUCUUCAAAGGGUCCUGUCAAUAUGUUUUUGAGGACAGAGUGUGCAUUUCCACAGCCUUCUACUCCAGACCAAACCAAGCUUGUUAUCUGAAAAGGUGUUAAAGCAACACAGUGUGAAAUUUUGCAUUCAUCAUUAGACCUGGAAAUUCUUCUUAGAACUUAAGUAGAAAUCACUUGGGGGAAGGAGAUAAACUUCAGAAGCCUCUUAAUUGAGUACUCCUAUUGUAAGUUUGCUUUCUGGAAUUUAUCAAUUUAAUUAUACCUAGCAGAAGAGGUUUAACCAAAUAUAGUAAAAAUUUAGGUUGUUUAUAAAACUUUUAAUAGAAAUGUUUGGCAAAUCUACAGGAUUUCAAACUAUUUAAGAAAUUCCAUUUUCUUUAGUGUGCAAUAGGAGAUACAGAAAACCAACUAAAAGAGCUUUUUAUGUUAAAAUUAUCAUCACAUACUGAAAUCUUAUUAAGUGUACAUUUUGAAUUACAUUGUAUCUCAAAGAGUGAAGAAAACAGGACUAUUUUGGUUUUGUAGUUCAGAUCACUUAUGCAUUGCGCUGUUAAAGCAAAUUCUGUCAAAAGGUCGGUGCACCAUGUAGUGCACCAUCUUCAUGGUGCUCUUUCCGAACUUGAUUUCUCGUAUCUUCUAGAGCGGAUACUGUGACUCUGCUCAUCUUAGAAGACAUUGGAAACAAACUUGAAUGCAAUAUAUUUUAGGAGAGACUUUUUAGGAAAAGAAUUCUCUUCUCAGAGUCUAGGUAUGAAUGGAAUAUAUUAACAUUUUUAAAAGAACUGAAGAAACCUUUUAAGUGAGGCCAGGCGUCUUCACACAUUAUCUAAUUUACUUUCAUUAUCUCAUUUUUGAUAGUGGAUAUUUAGGCAGUUUAUUGUAAUUUUGCAGCUUUUUGAUUUAGCUAGUUUUGUUUAUGCAAGUUAAUCCAUUUCUGAUGUGUGAUUUAGAAAAAGAGAAUAUGACUAUGUAUAUACACUCUAAAUUAUAUUCCCCUCAAUCCACUGCUGUGGAUCAAUAUUCACUUUAUCAUAUUCUAGAAUUAAAAUACAUUUAUAUUUCAUUUCCAAUUCAAAUAAAAUACUUUAAAUAGUUCCAUUAUCAUUUACUGCCACUCACUUUUUUAUUGCUCAGUGUUUCUUUACAAAAAUCUCUUAAAUAAUCUUGGAAUUUAGUUGUAUAAUUUUUUUGUGGCUUUAACU